AUGGCGACUGUUUUUCUUGGGGUAUACAAGGCGAUCUACGAUUACCAGGCGCAGAAUGACGAGGAGCUUGACCUCACCGAAAACGAUCUGCUCUAUCUGCUAGAAAAGUCCGAGGUAGAUGAUUGGUGGAAAGUCAAGAGGAGAGUCGUUGGCUCAGAGGCUGAAGAGCCUCAGGGUCUUGUUCCCAGCAAUUACAUAGAGCCAGCGCAGCCGGUUUCGACUGCAACUGCUCUGUACGACUACGACAAGCAGACCGAGGAGGAGAUCACGUUUACCGAAGGUGCGACUUUUGACGUGUACGAUACAUCGGACCCGGACUGGAUUCUGGUUGGACUGGAUCAGGCAUUUGGUUUUGUUCCUGCCAAUUACAUAGACAUUGGUGGUUCUACUGCUGCCCCGGCAAUUGCGUAUCCCGUUCCUCAGCAACAGACUUUCCUGCCACCUCCUCAAAGAGUUGACCGUAUUGCGAGUUCGCAGCCUGAGGAAGAGAAGGAUCUUCCCCCUGUGAAGCCAACCAGACCUCAGUACCAGCCCGAAUACGAUGAGGCUGAAGACGAGUACGAGGCGCCCCCACCAAUGCCAAACCGGCCUCGGGGAAAUUCUUCCGCGACGCUUUCUCGUAGAGGCUCCAGUUAUAGUGGGGAUGUUGGUGGUGGUUCUGGAGGUGCUGCUGAUGACUUCGUCAAGGACGAUUUUUUCACCUGGCCAGUUCAGGAAAUCAACGGCCGCAAGAAGAAGAAGGCUACGCUUGGAAUUGGCAACAGCUCUAUCUAUGUGUCCCCAGAAGGUUCCCAUGGUGGAUCUCCCCAACAAUGGGACAUCACUGACCUUGUAAGUUUCAAUCUGGAGGGAAAACGUGUGUUUUUGGAUUUGAAACAUCCACUAGAGUCUUUCGAGCUCCAUGCUGGCUCCAAGGAUGCUGCUGAAGCAAUUGCUUCAAUCCUGGGAGACCUUAAGGGUGCGGCUUCCAUGAAUGGACUCCGUGAGGUGAAAGAAGCAUCUAUACCUUCGGGAGACCGCAAGACAGGAAAGGUUUUGUACGAUUUUGUGUCGGACAGCCCGGACGAACUCACCGUUUACGAGGGAGAAAGCGUUUACAUCAUCAACGACCGCAAAUCCAAGGACUGGUGGAUGGUUGAGAACGUGAACAGUGGAGAGAGGGGUGUUGUACCCUCAAACUUCAUCAAAGUUUCGAGCUCAACCUCUGGAGGCUCCACUCUGGGUAACUUUUUCCGCAGAAGAGGUUCCAGCCAGUCCCUUUUGAGUCCAAGCAAGAGCAAGAAUAAGAAGAAGGAAAAGCUACGUGAGAGAGAAAGAGAAAGAGAAUAUGAGCGUGAAGAAGCCGAGGCCCAACGUCAGCGCCAGAAGCGCAGAGAACGUGAAAUGCGCGACAGAGAAGCCAGGGAGAAGGUGAGAAGACGCGAUGAGCGGGAAAGAGAAAAGAGCUCCAAAAAGUCUGACUCGAAUGACAAAUCCAAGCCAAACCCACAUAGAGUUCGUACCUGGAUCGAUCGGUCGGGUUCGUUCAAGGUUGAAGCAGAGUUUUUGGGUUGUUCUGAUGGAAAGAUUCAUCUCCACAAGCUUAACGGUGUUAAAAUUGCAGUAGCUGCCCCAAAACUUUGUUCUGAAGAUCUGGAGUAUGUUGAAAGGAUUACGGGAAUGUCUUUGGAGUCUUAUAAGCCCCAACCUGAGCCGGUGCAGACCCCCACUCCUCAAGCUUCGAACUCUCAAAGGUCCGGAGCUCAGGUUAGUGAACCAACGAUUCCAAAGAUCAGUCCAGCUAAGGAUCCCGAUUACGAUUGGUUUGAGUUCUUUUUGAACUGUGGUGUUGAAGUGAACAAUUGUCAACGGUACACUCUGAACUUUAACAAAGAGCAGAUGGACGAGAACAUCUUGGAGGAUAUCUCCCCAUCUUUGUUGAGAACCCUAGGCUUGAGAGAAGGAGAUAUUCUCAGAGUCAUGAAGUUCUUGGAUAACAAGUACGACAGAAAGAGAGACCAGCCUUUAGAAUCUGCAACAACGGGCGGAUUGUUUUCUGGAGCAGACGGCUCUCUCAAGAACAACCGUAGCGAUGCCGCCAAUGGUGGUUCCGUUAAUGGAACUGCUCUCAACGGAUCAUCGCAGAAGUUUGAAGACGAUGCUUGGGCAGUCAAACCCGCGGCUCAAACGCAACAACCAACAAGACCACCAUCUGUGCCUACUCAACAGCUUACUGGAUCGCUGCAGGACUUGGUCAACAUCAAGCCUGUUGAGUCCAAGUCUGCCACCCCUCUUGCCCCUGCGACAACGGGUGCUACUAACUUCACUCCUCUGCAGCCCAAUAAGACCAGCUCAGUCCCACCAUUGCAGAUGCAAAAGACUCAGGCCACUGGUGGCUUUAUUCCUAUUCCAGUCCAGCCAACUGGGUUCAUGCCAAUCGGUUUGAUGCCCACCAUGACGGGAAUGACAAUGCAGCCAACCGGAUUGAUUCCACUUCAAAAGACUGGCACGUUCAUUCCAAUGCAGCCCACUGGCCUGAUUCCUCUCCAGAAAACUGGAUUGACGAUGCCUCAAACUACCUUUGGCGCGAUGCCCUUGCAGAAAACUGGCGGGUUCAUUCCAAUGCAACCAACCGGAUUGCUUCCUCAACAGACCUUUGGUGCUGGUGUGCCAUUGCAAAAGACUGGCGGAUUGGUCCCAGUUCAACAGACCGGAUUUGGUGCAAUGCCUCAGACUUCAUUUGGAGUUCCAGCGCAGAAAACUGGGUUCCAGCCCACUUCGUCUUUCGGCGUUAUGUUAGCGCAGAAAACGGGUGGAAUCCAACCGAUGGCUACCGGAGCGCAACCUUUCUAUUCACAGCAGCCUCUUAACACUGGAAUGCCUCCAACCUCCUUUGGUAACUCAAUGGUUCCAUUGCAGAAGACUGGUGGGUUCGGAGCUCUACAAACUCAGAUUCCCACCACGUCUUUUGGAGCAGCUCCUGGCUUCAAUGGAUUACCAACUGGCCAAUUCCAGCAGCAGCAGCAGCAGCAACAACCAUUCCAGUCAUUUGGUCAACAGCCAAUCUCUCAGCAAACUGGAAUUAAUGGUCUAACAAACAUGUUUCAGAAUACCAGCUUGAACCAGCAGACAGGGUUCAACCAGGGCAAUGGAUUUGGAAACCUGCAGACUGGACUUAACCAGGGCAAUGGAUAUGGCAACGGUCUUGGAAACGGGUUCGGAAAUGGAGUCAACGGCUUUAACAACUUCCAGCAACAGCCUCAACAACCAUUCACUUCCUUCAACAGUUUUGACCAGCAAUUCCAGCCACUACAAUCGCAGCCUACCGGUCUCGGGUUCGGUAAUGCGCCAUCCACAUCCUUCGGCCAGCCAUUGCAAUCGCAGCCAACUGGAAGAAGGGCCAACUUGGCCGCUGCCACUGCUGACAACCCUUUUGGAUUUUAA